UUAUUAACAAUUAUCCCAUAUUUCUAUUAGUUUGUAGAUUUGUGAAUGAGCUGAAUGCAUAUGAUUUCCAACAGGUAUCUGCACUCGAUUCUUGUAUGAGCAAUGAGUCUCCCUUCUCAAUCUUCAGUAAUAAUUCAUACUUGAUUUCCAUUGGCUAAAGUCAACUUCAGAAUCCAUGAUUUUCAACCAUGAAAUAAAUAUUUGAAUUAUAUUUCUGAUAAAUACGACAAUAAUUAGCUAGUUAAGGGUACCAACACUUUGUCCAAUCCCUGAAUUUCAAUCAAUCCUUGUGUUAGUUGUUAUACAAAACAAACCCCAAUUAUUUAAUUGACAAUUGAUGGAAUUUGAGGUAUUGUUUAUUGAAUUAUUCUACUAACUUGCAUGUCUGAAUGUUGACUUAUUCAAUGAAUGAGUAUGAUAAACAGAGAUCUCGAUCAAUUGUCAAGAUCUAAUUUAGGUUUCCAAUGGAGAAUUUUGUGAUCUUUCUACUGUUUUUGGGAUUAGCUACAAUUCAAAUCGGCUUUUCAGAAGAUUCUAGAAUAGUCGUGGGUAAAGCUCCAUGGAGGAUGCACACAUUGUUUUCCACAGAAUGCAACAAUUACUUCGAUUGGCAGACUGUUGGGAUAAUGCACAGUUACAGGAAAUCGGGUCACCCGGGACCCAUUACCCGACUGCUAAGUUGUACAGAUGAAGAGAAGGAACACUAUAAAGGGUUCCAUUUGGCUCCUACAAUGGAGGUCCCUUCUAUGAGCAAGCAUCCAAAAACUGGAGAUUGGUACCCGGCCAUUAACAAGCCAGCUGGGGUUGUGCAUUGGCUUGAGCACAGCGAGGAUGCAAAAAAUGUUGAUUGGGUUCUCGUCUUAGACGCUGACAUGAUCAUUCGAGGUCCAAUCAUUCCAUGGGAAUUAGGUGUCGAGAAAGGCAGGCCUGUUGCUCAAUAUUAUGGGUAUUUGAUUGGAUGUGACAAUAUCCUUGCCAAAUUGCACACAAAGAACCCAGAGCUAUGUGACAAGGUUGGGGGAUUAUUGGCUUUCCAUAUAGAGGAUCUUAGAGCCAUGGCUCCUUUUUGGCUCUCUAAAACUGAAGAAGUGCGUGAAGAUAGGGCACACUGGGCAACAAAUAUAACUGGUGAUAUAUAUGGAACAGGCUGGAUUAGUGAAAUGUAUGGAUAUUCAUUUGGUGCUGCAGAAGUUGGACUUCGUCAUAAAAUUACUGAUGACCUGAUGAUCUAUCCAGGUUAUGUUCCAAGAGAGGGUGUUGAGCCCAUUCUGUUGCAUUAUGGUUUACCAUUUACUGCUGGUAACUGGUCUUUCACUAAACUAGAUCACCAUAAAGAUGGAAUUGUUUAUGACUGUGGACGGCUCUUUCCUGAACCACCUUAUCCUAGAGAGGUGAAGAUUUUGGAACCUCAUCCAGGCAAAAGGCGAGGCCUAAUGCUGAGCAUAGAGUGCAUUAACACGCUAAAUGAAGCUCUGCUGCUACAUCACAUUGCACAAGGGUGUCCUAAGCCAAAAUGGACAAAAUAUCUGAGUUUCCUGAAGAGUAACACAUUCGCGGAGCUAACUCGUCCAAAAGUUCCUGGUGAGAUUAACUGGCUAAGUGAAAAGGUGCAGAUGGAACAGGAGAUGGUUGGUGAAGCUGGAAAACCGUUCCCGAAAAUUCACACGGUCUUUUCUACUGAAUGCACCCCUUAUUUUGAUUGGCAAACUGUGGGCCUUAUGCACAGCUUUCGUCUAAGUGGGCAGCCUGGCAAUAUCACUCGGCUUCUCAGCUGUACGGAUGAAGAUCUGAAGAACUACAAAGGCCAUGAUCUAGCUCCAACUCACUAUGUUCCUUCCAUGAGCGUACAUCCUUUAACUGGUGAUCGGUACCCUGCAAUUAACAAACCAGCUGGAGUUCUUCAUUGGAUUCAUCAUGCACAGAUAGAUGCAGAAUAUAUUGUUAUUUUGGAUGCUGAUAUGAUUAUGAGAGGUCCAAUCACUCCAUGGGAAUAUAAAGCAGCCCGUGGCCAUCCAGUUUCAGCUCCAUACGGUUACCUGAUUGGCUGUGACAAUAUACUUGCAAAGCUCCACACAAGGAAUCCUGAAGCUUGUGACAAGGUUGGAGGUGUUAUAAUCAUGCACAUAGAUGAUCUUCGGAAAUUUGCUCUGUAUUGGCUGCUUAAAACCGAGGAGGUACGAGCUGAUACAGAACACUAUGCCACCAAUAUCACUGGAGAUAUCUAUCAAUCUGGCUGGAUCAGUGAGAUGUAUGGUUACAGUUUCGGGGCAGCAGAGCUGAAUUUACGGCAUGGGAUAGAUAACUCAAUAAUGAUGUAUCCAGGUUAUGUUCCCCAACCUGGUGUGAAUUACAAGGUUUUCCACUAUGGAUUGCUAUUUAAGGUUGGAAGCUGGAGCUUUGACAAGGCUAUAUGGAGGAAUACCGACUUAGUAAACAAAUGCUGGGCUAAGUUUCCCGAUCCUCCUGACCCACUAAGUCUUGAUAGAACUGAUGAGGAUGCAUACAAUCGAGAUUUGCUUAGCAUAGAAUGUGCAAGAUCAUUAAAUGAAGCUCUUUAUCUGCAUCAUAAGCGAAGAAAUUGCCCUGAUCCCCGAAUAAGAGCUACAAUGGAUCUAGUUGCGGGGAACAAGGAAAAAAUAUUUAGAAAAUUCCGCAAGAUUAUUGACAGGGAUUCCACAAAAAGUAUCUCCAGCGAUAGUAUUGAUUAUCAGGACUCACUGAAACCUCCUGCAUCGGACCAGUUAUUCAGCUCCUUCAGAAUUUGGGUGGUUGUUCUCUGGGUGGUUUGUUUCUUUGGUUUUAUGGCACUAAUGGCAAAAUUAUUCUCCAGUGGCAAGAAACGGAAAACAAAGGGUAAGCAUCACAAGGGCAAGAAAAUGACAUCUAACUCGGGCUUAUUUUAUUUGAGGGGGAGAAAUUCCGAAAUAUCUGACAAACUCUGAAACACUGUUCUAGAGCUAAAAUCUCGAUGUUUUGAAGAAACCCCAGCAAAAUUAAAGAAACAAUACCCAUACUGUGUAGCUUAAAUGUACCAAAUGUGACAUUGAUAAUCAAUAUACCUUUCUGUAAGUGUUUUAUAUAGUUUAGGAAUACAUAUAUACCCUUCUUUUGGUAGUCUUUCGAUGUCUAGUCAAGUUCUGGCGAUUAAGUUCAUGCUGUAGGACUUGCAGUGCUCAAAUUGUUGCAAACAGAAGAUAAUUGGAGCAAACGUUAUCGCUGUCUAUUGAAUCAUUCAAUGCAUGUUUGGGGUCAGGCAUCAUUGUCUUGUCCAUGAGCUCCCUGCUGCGAAUGUAAGCAACUCAGCCCUAAAUUGAGAUUAGGGUUUUCAUUGAGGUGUUUCUCGGCUUUCACUAAGAGAAGAAAGUAGAGUUGAAGAACCUGGGAAUUGAGCAUCCUUAUUGUCAUUAUGUUGGCAUUUUUAUAAUCCUAUUGGUUGUUGCCUGUUGGGUUCAAGAUUAACUUUAUCGGAAACAAAGCUUUCCAAUGCUCGAUGUAUACUUAUGAGAUUGUACAAUUUUAUUUUAUUUUUUAUUUGGAUAAGCUAGACAACCCCCACCGGCAGAGAAGAGAAUAAAUCUUUUUUAUAGGUGGUGAGAAUCAAACUCAUCAUGUGGAUAAAAGAAAAAGCACUUAACCGCAAGCCUAAUUCAUAAUGUGUACAAUUUUUUAUGUUCUCUUUUUAAUGUAGAUUUUGAAGUCAAAAAUAGUGACUUUCACUUCUGCACCCUCUUUGGAUGCAGUAGACAAAAGCUUGGACUGACAAGUCACUUGAAGUUAAUAUUUUCGAUUCUUAUAAGCAUUUAUUUUCGAAUUUUAAUUGAUAGUUGAAAUGAUCAAUUAAAAUUCUAAAUUUGGUUAGCUUACCCACAAAAUGAUUUUCAAGCAGUCACUGAAGCCGUUUUUCACAACCCCAUGGGCCAUGUUUUUAGUCAUUCCACCAAUUUGAUCAAUUUUCCCUUGCAACAAUAGUAGGCUGAAAGGUUGA